AACCACGUAACCUGUUGAUGAUCACAGACCAGAAAGCCACGCCAACCGACAACACCAGAAUUCUCCACGAAGAAACUCAAGCUGAGAACCAUCAGCUACCAUCCAAUUGCCAUACCUCGACUCAUGGACUCUUCGCUCCCCCAAGUUUGGCAGGCUGCCGGCGUCAACGGCGCCUUCCUCCCCGCCAUCGGAAAGAACUCCCAGUUCUACGUCGCCUUUGCACUUCUCUUGACGGGGCUCUCUUUGACUGGUGCUUUCGCCCUGAACCGCUCCUUUAUCAACAUCCCCGCCUUGGGAUUCCCGGCCUCAGCUGCCAUUGCCUUCGGAACAGUCUACAUGUUCUGCGCAGUUGGAGUUUACGUCUGAGAUACCCCAAAGAAACACCCCACUUUCCUAGCCUCUUCUAAGGCACCGACAUCGCCUACCUUGUACUCUAGAUACCACAUUCGCGCGAGUUCUUUUCCGCCCCGAACUUCAAUUCCACCACUUGAUCCUCC